UUUCACCUUACAGAAAGAUACCGAGAAAGUUUAGCAACGCUAAAUAUCUGCUUUAAAAUGCCGGAAAAAGAUCGAGAGCGCGAGGCGGAGGCCUACUCCAACCCCCUUCCUCCAGAACAUGCAUCACACAUGGAUGACAGCUAUGAGGAAGAUGACAGCCAUCAUCUUACCAAUGAGGACUUCAGAAAGCUUCUCAUGACUCCCAGAGUGCCGAGUUCUCUCAGCAAACCAACAGCCACCAAGACCCUGCAGAAGCCUCAUAUCAUGGAGGAGGAAGAAGAAGAGGCUGAGGAUGACCCAGCCAUGAGGAGGAAGAAGAAAAAGAGCUACUAUGCCAAACUAAUGAAAAUCAAGGAGCAGGAAGCUCAGGAGCUGGCCCAGAGAUACAGAGAUCGGGCCAAGGAGAGACGUGAAGGUAGCAAUAAGGAUUACGAGGAAACCGAGAUAAUCAGCACAACUGCUGACUACAGAGCAGUAGCACCUGAUGCUAAGGCGGGUGAGAACUAUGCAGAGAGACGAAAACAGCUGAUUCAGGAAUCCAAGUAUUUAGGAGGUGACAUGGAGCACACCCAUUUGGUGAAAGGAUUGGAUUAUGCUCUCCUUGAAAAGGUUCGAGCUGAAAUCACAAGCAAAGAACAAGAGGAAGAGGAAAUGGAGAAAGUCAUACAUUCUGCAAACACCAGCAACAAAAAAGAAAAGGAAGAAGAACAGGAGCCACAGAUGGUGUUCAAAACCAGACUGGGUAAGAACAUCUACAGGACUGUGUUUAAAUCACAGCACCCUGAAAGGAAUGAGCUGUUUCUGCCAGGCAGGAUGGCCUAUGUUGUGGAUCUGGAGGAUGAGUUUGCAGACUCAGAUGUCCCAACAACAACGAUCCGUAGUAAAGCUGACUGCCCUAGUCUGGAGGCAACAACAACCUUAACAACAAAUGACAUUGUGAUCAACAAACUAACACAGAUUCUGUCCUACCUACGCCAAGGCCGCAGAGAAAACAAGAAACUAAAGAAAAAAGAAAAAGGUAAAGUGAAAGAGGAAGGAAAGCCCAGAGGAAAGCUACAAGGUGCUGAUGACAGCAUCUAUGGCGAGAUUGGGGACUAUGUGCCAUCCGCAUCUAAGUCAGGAGACCGGAAAGACCGAAGAGAGCGAGAGAGAGAGCGUGACAGAGACCACGACCGUGAGCGAGGUAGGGAGCGGGAUUCUCACCGAGAUCGAGGCCACGGGCGGGACAGGGAUAGGCGAGAUCGGGAGUACGAGAGGGAGCGAGAGAGGGGACGUGACCGCGGGAGAGACAGGGGUCGUGACAGGGAUAGGGCAGAGCGAGGAGACAGGGAGAUGGAGAGAGAGAAACGCAAAUCGUACUUUGAGAAACCAGUAGAAGAGGAUGAAGACAAAGACAAAAUACCUGUGUCAGCUAAGGACAUGGUGAAAAACAUCAAUGACAGAUUUAGGGGAUAUGCAGAAAUGGAGGAAGAAAAAGUGAGACAAAAUGCAAAGAAAGAAGAGGAGAGAUUGAAGAAGCUGAAGGCGAGGACUGAGAUUGACAGCUAUGCUGAGUGCUACCCUGGUAUGAUGGAGUCUGCUGAUGCGAUCGAUGACUCAGAUGAUGAAGUAGACUACACAAAGAUGGACCAGGGCAACAAGAAGGGUCCCAUUGGACGAUGGGACUUUGACACCCAAGAGGAGUACAGUGACUAUAUGGCCAACAAAGAGGCACUGCCCAAAGCCGCCUUCCAGUAUGGUGUUAAGAUGGCAGAUGGGCGGAAAACAAGGAGAACAGGUCCAAAAGACGAGAAAGCUGAACUAGACAGACAGUGGCAGAAAAUCCAGAAAAUCAUCGAGAAGCGGAAGUAUGGGGAAGGUGGAAGUGGGGAUGGUAAACGCCCAAGAUACUGAAGUAGCCUGGUAUCUGUACUGAUGGGGCAGGGUUGACCGAUCAUUACCCAUCCGUUCACACUGUGGGAUCGCACACUUAAGGUGUGUGCUCAAGGACUUGGGUGCUAUGCUCACACAAACCCUCAAUUCAUUUCUGUAUACACGGAUAGAUAUAAUCCAUGAAAUCACACAACUAUUCCCGUAGGGCGUACAUGAACAUGAAAUCACACAACAAUUCCCACAGGGCGUACAUGUACAUGAAAUCACACAACAACUAUUCCCGCAGGGCGUACAUGUACAUGAAAUCACACAACAACUAUUCCCGCAGGGUGUACAUGUACAUGAAAUCACACAACUAUUCUCACAGGGCGUACAUGUACAUGAAAUCACACAACAACUAUUCCCGCAGGGUGUACAUGUACAUGAAAUCACACAACUAUUCCCACAGGGUGUACAUGUACAUGAAAUCACACAACAACUAUUCCCGCAGGGUGUACAUGUACAUGAAAUCACACAACUAUUCCCGCAGGGCGUACAUGUACAUGAAAUCACACAACAACUAUUCCCGCAGGGCGUACAUGUACAUGAAAUCACACAACAACUAUUCCCGCAGGGUGUACAUGUACAUGGAAUCACACAACAACUAUUCCCGCAGGGUGUACAUGUACAUGAAAUCACAAAACAACUAUUCCCGCAGGGUGUACAUGUACAUGAAAUCACACAACAACUAUUCCCGCAGGGUGUACAUGUACAUGAAAUCACACAACAACUAUUCCCGCAGGGUGUACGUGUACAUGAAAUGUCUUUGUAAAUAUAGUAACCCCAUAACCUGUUUUAUUAUCUAUUUAACACCACAGUAAGUUAUAUAUGUAAUCUUGUAACUAGCGCAAACAUUACUGAAGGUGUCAAUGCUGUGAUGUGAUAGUUGCAUUUCUUCUCGUCAAGUAUCUAAACACAGAUGCAUGUGUAAGUUCACUCUUUGUGAAUCUAAAUGUUUAUCAUUCUAUAUUUCUACUCUCUUGAAUCUAAACCUAUCCAAACUAAUGGCCUGCAGUAUUACGGUCGACAGAUGUACAUGUGUCUUCUCUCCUCAGUUGUCAUUUGAGGUAGAGCUCACUCUACAGAUUUUAGACCAGUGUGGCAGUGCACUCAUUCACCUGUGUUUUUAUCUAUCUUUGACACCGAGCACAAGUAGAAAUUAAAUCAUUUGAACAUGUCAUGAUGUAGUGUUACUUGUAUUUGAGUUGGAUUAAAUGUUAGAUUUCACAUGUAAGAGGAUUAAUCAUGCAGAAGUGACUCAAAUUUGGAUUUUGCCUGCAGUGACCUCAGCAUGUGAGCAUAUCAAAUCAUUGCGAUCUGGUAUUUCCAAUGACAAUUUUUGACACGAAUUGAAUAAAGCUGAACAGUUUAUUUCUCACUGUGUUGAUAGGUUAAAAACGAGGAUAAAUAUAUACAAAAAUGGACCAAGUCUAAAGAGUAAAUGACAUGCUAACUUGGUAAAUCGGUGCAUGAUCUCUUAAUAUGUAUAUUGCUUAUUAUACAUCUAUUUACUAAUAUACUGUCUUCAGUCUGGUACCUAUAAGGGAACAACUGUUCAAACAAUACGCCUGGAGAUUUUGAAACCACUAUAGCUUGGCUGAUCAGUGCUUCAUCUUUAUUGUUAGCUUACAGGAACCAUCACAAUUAUCAGUGCUGAUAGAAAAAAAAAAAGGAAAAGCUUGUCAGUAUGUGAAAAAGGUCUUGAUGCCUUUGUAGAUCUUAGUUCAUUAUGAUUUACAUAAGCAUUUGCAACAACUUGUGGACAGCUAUGAAGUGUUAAACAUUGCCUUUGAUGCUUGGUUAACGAUAUUCUUCUUUGUAAAUAAAAUA